AUGAAAAGUAAAGACACUCAAGAGCCGGUACUGCGAUUGCACAAAGAAGGUCUAAAUGAAAAUGAAAUUCAUGAACAUUUACGUGGUACGGUUUCAAGAGCAACAAUUUAUUCUUGGGUAAAAUCAAUCAAUAGAUCUGGCACUAUCGAUUUAACGAGUCCAAAAGGUCGUCCGAGAAUAAUUCACACAAAAACUCUAACUCAGAAGGUGACACAACGUUUAUCAAGAAAGAAGAAAGCAUCUUCGCGAAUAUUGGCGAAAGAAAUGAAAGUAUCUCAUACCACCAUGCGUCGAAUUAUUAAAGAGGAUCUGGGUUUGAAACCGUAUGUUAAACGAGUGGCGCCAAAGCUUACUGAGCAACAUAAAAUAAAAAGAAGAUCAUUUGGAAUUUGGGUUCGGAAAAAUAUUCGACAAUCAAUGAAGGAAAAAAUUUUAUUUUCCGACGAGAAGUAUUUUGAUAUCGAUGGAAUUUAA